CAGAGACUGCAGACACAGUACAGGGAUGACCAGAGACUGCAGACACAGUACAGGGAUGACCAGAGACUGCGGACACAGUACAGGAGAUGACCAGAGACUGCGGACACAGUACAGGAGAUGACCAGAGACUGCGGACACAGUACAGGGAUGACCAGAGACUGCGGACACAGUACAGGGAUGACCAGAGACUGCGGACACAGUACAGGGAUGACCAGAGACUGCGGAAAGUACAGGAGAUGACCAGAGACUGCGGACAGUACAGGGAUGACCAGAGACUGCGGACACAGUACAGGAGAUGACCAGAGACUGCG